AUGAAAUGUAUAAUCAAGGAAAAGGUUAAGGAAGAGAUCAAUUGGGAGAAUGAUCUGGAAAUGAAAGAAGAGAAGGAUCUAGAAAUUAAGGAAGAAAGUUUGGACUAUGAAGUGAGUGAUACAAACCUAAAACAUGAGUAUCCUUCCUGUAUGGGAAGUAAGAGCAUCAGAGAGGAAGAAAAUGGAAAAAUAGAAGACAGUAAUGAUGCAUUGGUGACAGCACCAUUUGUGGCUGAGUAUUGUGAUACCAUACACACAUCAGACAGCCACAAGGAAGACAAGUCAGCAUACGAAAAGACAUGUUCUCAAAGAGUUAAGAUAGUGGAGCAUAAUAGAGUGGAUACAAAGAAAACUCACACAUGUGAGAUAUGUUGUAAAACAUAUGCAUCAAAAUCUUAUUUACAUAAUCACAUGAGAGAUAUACAUACAAAGGAGAAACCAUAUAAGUGUGAGGCUUGCAACAAGACUUUUACAGUCAAUAAGUGA